CGGACGCGGCGCGCCGCGGAGCUCGCACGCGUGAUGCGCGCCAUCUAACGUAUUAUGUUCCUACCCGACCUUCCGCGAGCCUGCAUGGUGGACGACGUUGCAACCUACCUUCAAGCGCCCUCCUCGGGACAGGACGAAUUCCAUCCGUUCAUAGAGGCCCUGAUGCCUUUCGUUAAGUCCUUUUCAUAUACCUGGUUCAACUUGCAAGCGGCCAAGAGGAAAUAUUACAAAAAACACGAGAAACGGAUGAGUCUUGAGGAGGAACGGCAUACCAAAUAUGAGUUACAGAACGAAAAAGCAGAAGUGAAGCAGAAGUGGGCGUCGCGGCUGCUGGGCAAGCUACGGAAGGACAUCACACAGGACUGCCGGGAGGACUUCGUGCUGAGCAUCACGGGCAAGCGGCCAGCUGUCUGCGUGCUGUCCAACCCCGACCAGAAGGGGAAGAUGAGGCGGAUAGACUGCUUGCGGCAGGCGGACAAGGUGUGGCGUCUCGACCUAGUAAUGGUGAUCCUGUUCAAGGCGAUACCCCUAGAGAGCACGGACGGGGAGCGGCUGGAGAAGCACCCAGAGUGCACGCAGCCGGGCCUCUGCGUGAACCCCUACCACAUCAACGUGUCGGUCCGGGAGCUGGACCUCUAUCUCGCUAACUUCAUCAAUAGCUAUGAUAUACUAAGCGGAUCCCUAUCGCCUCACCCCCCUAGAGAUAAAGAGAAUGAACAUGAGGCAAAAAAUAAAGGCUAUACCCACAAUCCGUACAAUGGUGUUAUAUGCAACGAUAUUAUUCUAGCGACCGGCGUCUUCUCGUCAAAGGAAUUAUGGAAAUUGUCAAAAGCAUCAAUCCUACAAGAAACCGGCUCCGAAUCACCCGGCGGUUCCGGCGGUGGCAUUAAACUGGAGUCCACGUAUUACGGCUACAACAGUCCAGCGCCGCCCGCCUUCGAGCCGCCCGCGGACCGGGGCACGCCCUCCACCAUGCUCGUUGGACAGUGCUUUAGUAUCCCACACAGUUCUGCGAGUCUGAGCGCUGCGCAGGCGCCGCUAGUGCCUUCAAACACUAUAUUCUACCAACACGCACCGCCCCCCAACGACACACAUCCCACUUCAUCAGACGGCCUGUCGAACCAGCAUUCGAGCAAGUACGACGGCACGCCGCAGGACUCGCUCGGCGACUUCGUCACGUUCGUGUGCCAGGAGCCGCCCGCGGAUGCGCAGCAGUUGCAAGUACACAGUUUAUCUAGGAGUCCAAAACCUGCUUAUUUCAGCAGCUCCAUGUUACCCCCACCACCCCUACCACCAAUGGCAAGGCCUGUGGCGAUAAUAAGAUCUACUGCGAGCGAGCUGGGCGUGUUUAGCUACGGCUCGCUGGGUGGGGGGGCAGUGGUGUCGGGGGGCGGAGGCGGCUCACCCCCGGGAGGGCUCGGUCUCUACGCGCCCAGACAACCUCCUAGGGCUCCGCCAAGGUGGAACGCUCCAUUCCCCACAUUAGAAGAAGAAUUCAAUAUAAUGACAGCUCCAACGGGCACAGACCACGUGGUGCUUCUAGAUGACGAGCGUUUCUUCCAUUCAAACGUGAUAACAUCGGACACGACAGCCAUGGACACAACCGGGACCAACGUCCAGUCGGUAGUGGAUACUGACGACAUCGCGCCCGACAAGUCCGCUCCAGACCUGCGCUCGCCGUGAUCCGCACAGUCGGCCGACACGUCCGCCCCGGCCGACGGCUCGGCCGCGACUGUGCUCCGCUGGACCCCCGCGCCCCUCCCACACUGGCGGCCAGUCACACAUCGGACUGUCUGAUUCGAAUUUCAAAUUGACGGAAUUCGAAAAUCGAACAUUUUCAUUUUUGACAAUAAAAUUUAUUCGCUGUACAGAAUAAUUUUUUCUACGUAGUGUACAUAUUAUGUUGGCAUUGUAGUUUAGUUCCGUGACUUUGUACAGAUGUCACUUAUUUAUUUGUAACGCCAUCUAGUGGACUAUUUUAAUAACUGGUAAAUCUGUUAUGAAAGUUAUAAAAAAACAAUUAUAUUCUAAUAUUUUUAUAGAAUAUGACGAAAGCCUUCCAGUAAUUUAGUGAAUAUUGACCGACGCCGCUUCUACCAUUAUUUUGCUGACCUGUAAGGCAGUUUAAAUGCUUCCAAUAAUUAAUCGAUUGAGAGUGAUACGUUGUUUUCGUUUCGUUGUUUACAAAAAUAGAUAAGUCUAAUGUUUUAUUGAGAUUUCUUUUAACUUAUUGAACGAUUUAUGAAAGACGAGCCUUGCUUAUGAAUUUAGUUUAGUUGUAUAUUUAGAAAUGGUUGUCAAUUUUUUAUCAUGUGUCAAUCCGAUGACUCGGGAGGAGGGGGUGUUUAAAUGCAGCGUACCUCUGUUAGACCGGUAGCUGUAUGCCUUUAUACAUAAUUAGUGAAUGUUAAAUGCUUGUUGUAAUGAAAAUGGUUGUUAUCGGAUUGAUGACGAUAAGAAGUUGCUUCUGGUAGAUCGACGUUUGUCGAGGGACGUAUAGGUGCCUUUCGUAAAGUAUGAUAACUUUAUUAUAGGACUUAUAAUUGUAGUGUUCAUCAGUCCAUCCGAUUAUUGUUUUGUGUAGGAAUGUUUUGUGAUCAGUGUUGGGUGAUUUAAAAACUGCGAGCACGUGGUUUAUAUUAAAACCGUUUGUAUUUCUUUUAAACAGUAUACAAAUAUUUAUUUAUGACAGGGCUAGUAAAGGUGGGACAUUUAAUUAUAAAAAAAAAAUUAAAAAUCAUCUUUAUUUAGUUCUCACAACAUUAGUCCAUAACAAAAACUUAAAAAUACAGAAUACAUUUGAUGUUAACUAGUCACCACCGCUCAUAAACCAUUGAAAACAAACAAACACACAAUCUUGUUAAUUAUAAAUUCGGUUAAUAAAAAAUAAAACAAAAUCACUAACCGUUGAGUGGACUUAUUUGAUCAAAGCUUUUAAAAGGAGAUCGAAGUUUAUCUCCUUUUUUACUAUUGCUGAGGAUAUUCUUUUAUUUUGAUCAAUUAAAAGAGUGAUUAUAAAGCACAUAGACAAAACUCUACUUAGAAUAAUUAGUAGACGAUUAAGAUGAGCGAAGUUACACUGUGGGUUUCCCAAUACAUCUGAUCGCAAAACACUGUAGUAGAGCUUUUUAUGUCUUACUUUCGAAAAUAUAUUUUCAAUUUAUCAUCGCGAUCCCGUGGCCAUACGAAAGAAGCUAGUCAUUAGAGUAACAAUGUAAAUUAAUACUUAAAUUAAAGAAAAUAUUUACAUUUAUAGAGACCCCCUUACAUUUAUUAGUAAGGGGUAACUGUGGCCAAAUUACAUGAUAAAGUAUAAAUAUAUAUACACACUUUCAUAGUAUAAGGUACGAGUUGGCAGAUUUUCAGUCGUAUGUUCAAUCAAGUGGUGUGCCUUUCGGUUUGAAUGUUGCAUUGUAAAAGAAACGUCAUAUUUUUGAAAUUCGAACUCUGUAAUAUUUUUUUUUUUUUUACUUUAGAUUGUUCGGUACAUUUGUAAUCUACAGAUUCUAAUCUGUCAAAAUUGGCGCGAAAAAGUUAUACGCAAAGAAUUGCCACAGAGUAAAAUAAUGCAAUGAAAAAAAUAUUGUUGUAAUUUUUACUUUUCUCACUUACUCAAUAUAACGCAAACAGACUAGAACUUCACUUAAACAAUGUUUUUAUGAUAGAAAUAUACAUGCAUUGCUAAUAGCGAAGAAAAAUGUUCGAUAACAUGUAAAAAUAUUCAAUUUCUCCAACAUUUUUUAAUAUUUGACAAGGCACGCUACCUGAUUAUUCAAUCACAAGGUUUUGAUGUCAACAAUUAGGUUCCUAAAAUUUUUAUAUUUGUCUUUUAUUUACACGUCAAUUUUCCGCUAAAACCACGUGCACAAACAGUGCUUGCAAAAUUAAUUUUUCUACAGAAUAAAAAUGAAUAUCUGACUCAUUUGUGAUAAUAAUUUACUCGAUCCGCAUAUAAUAUUGAAUUGGGGUGUAAAAAAAAGAUCAUAUAAUCCAUUAGGUGCCAUGUAUACAGGCUGACGCCAUUUACGUUCAGAGAUUUUUAUUCGGUUGCUCUUUUAUAAUUAGUAAUAGUGAUAGAUACAUAGCAAUAAUCGAAAAGCAAUAAAUAAUUAUUACAAAUCAGCUUUAGUAAAGCUAGAAAUUGAUACUGACGUAGUUCAAUUGUAUGUGACACGCAAUAUUUUUUCUAUAGAGAAGGAACUGAGUUCCGUGUUGAAGCAGUUUGGUACAAUUUAUAUGUAGCUGUUCACAGACUAUAGAUUAUAUAAUAUACUACAGCUAUAUUAGUUCAUCUAGGGAGCGAAGAAUUAGUCAAUUGCUAGCUAUAGACAUUAGAGAUUAUACCAGAAAAUUUAAUAGUGACGUCACGUAAGGCUUAACGUUCGUUCGGAUUACCACCACAAUUUCGUCGUGUUAUAAUCGGAGAGACUAACAUUGGUGUGAAGUCUAUUUGUGACGAAUUUAAAAGCUCAUUGGUGCCGAAUAUUCUAGACUGUGAUUAAAAUUGUUCAUUCUGGACGUGUCUUAUAUUGAAAUAGUUGUUUUGUACGAUUGGCUACGACGCUCGGCUAGAGCCACGGCGGAAGGAUAGAUUUUAACAGAACGAUACAUGUUGUAUGAAAUGCAUUUGUUUACGACAAAAGGAUGCGUAAGGGAAUCAGAGAGAUGUUAACUUUUUUAUUGACAGUGUCUGUAGAUUCAGUAGUGUUUUAUUAAUAGCUUUGCAAUAGCGUGUGCGUGUGACAGAUGUCAUGCGGCGACUGGCGUGCGAUAUGGCUCGUGUUAACUCGUAAACGAUGCGUUUGUCACAGCACAGACUUGUUCUAAUUUUUAAUUAGCACCAUUGUUACGAUAUGGAGUAAUAAUUGAAAGCCUAAACAUUAUGUGCCUUAGAUACAACAAUAUUGUAUAUUUAUGAUGCGUUCUAUACAACGUGCUAACUAGAAAUAAAUAAUUAACGUUAUUUUGAAAGCCUGAAACUUGUACAUUCAUUAUUAGAGUUCAUUUCUGCGAAGGCUUAAGGAUCUACCGAUUUCGUGUUACCUGCGCUGAUUUCUAACUUAGUGUCUGAUAUUAUUUCCCGUUUGAGUUCUCUCCUCGAAUACACGAAAGUUCCACUGUUUGACAUUGUGUACUGGGCACCCAGCAGUCUGGAAUUUUAUUUCGAAUCCAGAGUUGAAAACCUCGUCUUAAUAUUAUCUUACGAUUAAGUAACGCUUCUACGCGUAGUUUCGCUGAUUAAUAAAUACUUCUAAUAUAUUCUAUAAUUUUAGUACUUACCUACAUUGUACCCAUUUACCCGUGUAUAUUUUACUGACGUGUAUAUCUUAAUCUAUGCGACUUCGACUAGGCUCGCUUUAAUUUCGUCUAGACCCUCUACUUUUCAAUUCCCGCAAUGCUUUUUUACAUUAUUAACGUUCGACACUCGCGUUCCGAGUACGUUUAUUUCUAACAAAUAUAUUUAUGAUAAAGAAACAAAAAUCCGUCUUUAUAAGUUUUGGAUUUCUGAAAUUAAAUAACGUACAUACGUAAAUAAAUAAUAAUUAAGGAUAAUUAACCGUUAGAGAAAUACUCCUAGUUAUGAAUUUUGUUAGUUUGUCAAUAUACUCGUGCAAUUAUGAAUUGUGUAGCGAAUUUAUGAAUUAUUUUUUAAGUGUACCGUUGCGUCAUUCGCAAUUUUUCUUUUCGUCUGUAAAUAUAUUUUGGAGUGUAUUUAUAACAUUCAUUUGUAAAAGUAGAGACUUAAGAUUAUCAUUUGUUUGUCCUUACCAUUAUUUCUAAAUGUUUUAUUGAUUAUUUUUUAUGUUUUUCAUUCUUGUGUUAAAUUACCGUGCAUGUUAAAUCAAAUGACUUAUUCCGAAGCGAAUUGAAUGUAACAACGAACACCAUAACAUUAACAAUGUAUAAGUUGUUUGAUUUUCAUGUGAAUUAAACUAAGGAUAGACUUGUAAAAAUGUUAUAACAUGUAUUUUUAACCUAUACAUAGUAAGAUAUUUAUAGAAUUUUAGUCGUUUAAUUAUUUCGAACGACUUGUUAUAAAGAAAAUUGGUGCUUAAAGCUUAAAACAAAUAUGAAAGGCACAUUCGUGCUGUGUGUGUAUUGUCAGGAAGUGGAGCAUUUUGACAUAGCAUGCGUUGUUAUGCUCGUAUAUUGCGCUAAGUUGUUUAUACGAACAAUUCAAUGGAUUUUACAUUUUCAUGUAACAAAAUAUCUUUAUUUAUUACGUUUUUCAUAACACAAAUCGAAGUAAAGUACGCGCACUGUAGUUUAUUGUGUGUAUUUCAGAUAAAUUAUUAUAGUUUGCAUUACAAUGUUUUUUUAUUAAACUGCCAUCUAGUGGUAGAAGAAGAUAACUCUUCAGAGCCUUUACAUGGUUAGUCGCACAAAGAUCGCACAACGUUUAAUUUUAUAAGUAACUUUUUAAAACUUAAACAGUUUGGCGCAGAUAUACAAGCAAUUAUAAUAAUGUAGGUAAACUUUGCUCAAUAUCUAUGAAAACUGAAAAGUGUUACAGUUGAUGCAAUACAAACAAACAA